UGUUGGUCCUCGCCCUGCGUCAAGUCGCUGGUAUGCAGACAGCUGGUCACCAACAACACGACCCCCGCAGCCCACAUGGCCCCGUCAUGUGGGGGACGUUUAAACUUUAAAUGGCCUCAGUGGACAGCUGUCCACCGACCCACAGAGAGGAGAGGAGCAGGUCAGAAAUGUUCUGCUGUGAAAGCUUCACCGCCUCAGUCUGAUCCAGCCAUGGGCGCCUUCAUCGCCAAGAUGCUGCUGCCCACCGCCAGCAGCCUGGUGUUCCUGCCGGCCGCCAGCGUGGCGGCCAAGAGGGGCUUCCACACCGAGGCCAUGGUCUACUUCUUCACCAUGUUCUUCACCGCGAUUUACCAUGCGUGCGACGGUCCAGGCCUCUCCAUCCUCUGCUUUAUGAGGUACGACAUCCUGGAGUACUUCAGCGUUUACGGCACGGCGCUCUCCAUGUGGGUCACGCUUGUAGCUCUGGGAGACUUUGACGAGCCGCAGCGCUCCACCAUAUCGAUGUUUGGAGUGCUGACCAUCGCCGUGAGGAUCUACCAGGACCGCUGGGGCUAUGGGAUCUACUCUGGACCAAUCGGAUCGGCCGUCUUCAUCAUCACCAUCAAAUGGCUGCAGAAGAUGAAGCAGCUGAGGGCCAUCUACCCGGAGAAGAGCGUUUACACGCAGCAGGUCGGUCCAGGCUGCUGCUUCGGCGCCCUCGCUCUGAUGCUGCGCUUCUACUUUGAGGAGUGGGACUACGCCUACGUCCACAGCUUCUACCAUCUGUCUCUGGCCGUGUCCUUCGUGCUGCUGCUGCCCAAGAAGAACCGCUACGCCGGGUCGGGAGAAAACGCUGCAAAGAUCACCUGCUUGACGCUCUGCUGCUGCACAAUGUCUCCGGGUUCUUCCAAAGAAAAGACAAACAAACCACAGAAGAAGAAGUCGUCUCGGUCAGUGUGGCGACUCCCCACGGAGAAGCUGUGGCCCCGAGUGUCCGGCACCCCCACCCUGCCGGUCUGCGCCCCUCCGCCCUCCCCGCCGGUCAAAGGGACGAGCGUCAGCAAGCUGAAGGAGCUGAACGGCUGGAAGUGAAGCCGCGGUCAGCCGGACGGCCCGGCGGCGCUGGACCGGCACCAAGCGGCUGUCAGGACUCAGGAAACCGGCCCGGAUGUGGAUUUUCCUUCCUACCCAGAAACUGCGACCUGGCUGGUUUUCUGUUUAAGCAGCCAUCUGAGGAAUCCGCCAGUGACUGGAAGCCAGAUGAUAAACAAACAAAAGUGACCCGAUGUAAAACUCUGAGGUGAAUCAGACGUCGGAUCAGAACCGGGACGCGCGAGACAGACGGCCGAGACGAGCCUGUAAAACUGACAGCGCGAUUUAUGGGAUGAUCAGACCAGCAGAUGGUUUAUCUCUCCAAAAUGGAUAAAUUGUGUUUAGAGAUGUUCCUCUGGGGAAAACGGCGGUCUGCUCGCCUCUUCCUUCUCCUUUCCUUCGCUCCUAGAGAGGAAGCUGAGAGUUAUUAGACUGUAAAGCAGAGCUAGGCGUUUCAUCCGUCCUGCAGGUGCCAGAGACGUCAUGAGGACAUCAGUCUGUCUCUGGAGUCUUCAUGUCUUCUGGAGGAGCAGGUGGACUCCUGCCGUCAUCUGUUCCUGCUUAGCUCCCGUCUACGACAGCCGAGCCACACGGAGGAAAAACACGACACAAAAUUACUAGAAUAAAGUCAGAAAAUUACAGAAAAUAAAUUCAGUAUUAAGAAAAUGAAAAAUUUUAUCUUAACUACAAAUUUACUCAUAACAUUACAAAUUUAUUCUCGUACGUCUUUUUUCUUGUAAUACUGCAAAUUUAUUCCUGUUAUGAAUUUAUUCUUGUAUUAUUUUGACUUUAUUCUUUAUUUUCUUAUUGUGGCCCUGAUUCUCCGUCGUACACGUCGCUUUGUGUGAUCAGGUAUUUAUUACAUGUUCUGAUGUUUGUGUAUUUUUUUAAAAUAAACUGUGAUAUUUUA